AUGAAAGGUACUGUACGGAUGUGUCUUAUUUAUUUACUUACCGAAAAAGCCUUGAGGAAAACAAGACACUGGAUUAUUCCUUCCAUGGUGUCCCCGGUGAGACAGAAAGUCCCUGUGAGAUGCCUGCCUUUUUUAUCGCCUAUAGCGGGUGCGGCUGCUAGGCUAGCGUGCACGAGAGCACCGCGCGGCCUGGCGUCCCUCGUGGCCCCAAGCACUCCCGGGAGCGGCGCGCCUUCCAUUAGCCUUGCUAGCGGGUCCAUACCCGCACCACUAACAAUAGCUCAUGAUACACUCACUACACAAUUGUUUCCUAUUUAG